AGUAACUCAUUUUCCCAAAGUCAGUGUACCAUUGUGAGUUCAAAGUAUUUCUCUGUCAAUUUUUUGCGAUUCGAUUGCCCUACUUGAUCCAGAUCUGGCCUGAGACAAUCUGGGAGCAUCCCUUAUUUACCAUAUUUUUCAUAUGGAACUCCCGAAUUCAACCCAGAAUCAUGAAGUCAAGCCGCCUAAGAAUAUAUUCAUUCUAUCGGGCCAAAGCAACAUGGCUGGUCGUGGUGGAGUAGACAAGAACAAGAAAUGGGAUGGCGUAGUUCCUCCUGAAUGUAGCCCCGACUCAUCCAAAAUCUUCCGUCUUAGUGCACAGCUCUGCUGGGAGGUGGCUUGUGAACCACUGCAUCAUGACAUUGAUGCCAAGAAGACCUGUGGUGUUGGACCAGGAAUGUCGUUUUCAAAUGCGGUAAAGGACAGUGUGGGUGUUUUUGGCCUUGUUCCCUGUGCGGUAGGUGGAACUGCGAUAAAGGAGUGGGCACGCGGGGAACAUUUGUAUGAGAACAUGGUGAAGAGAGCGAAAUCUGCCAUUCGUGAUGGCGGUUGCGAGAUCAAGGCAUUGCUGUGGUACCAGGGUGAGAGUGAUACAUCAUCAAAACAUGAUGCCGAGAGUUACAGAGCUAAUAUGGAAACACUAAUACACAACAUCCGCAACGAUUUGGAUUUGCCAACUCUGCCAAUUAUUCAGGUUGCUAUUGCAUCAGGGGAUAAAAAAUACAUUGAGGAAGUAAGAAAAGCGCAAAAGGAAAUUGACCUUCCAAAUGUCGUGUGCAUUGAUGCCUGGGGAUUGGAGCUCAAGGAAGAUAAUCUCCAUUUGACCACAGAAGCCCAGGUUCAACUUGGCCAAAUGCUUGCAGAAGCAUAUCUUACCCGGUUUGCGUCAAACGUUCCUUCUACUGCUCUUUAAGCCAUGGAGUGUUCUUAUUAGCUUUGGAGUCUCUGAAUGUGAAUGUGUGAAAAACAUUCUAGCACUUAUUCUACUGUUCAGAACAAGGGAGAAAUCAUUGUUUGGAUAUGCAUUUGUGAUAGAAUAGCUCUGAUCCGAUCCUCUCACGAUGAUCUUUUGGACUAUAAUUCAUCAUUUUAACAAUAUUUGUUGAUGGUGGUGACUAGAUCUUUAUUUGUUGUUU